AUGGACAGAGGCAGCUCCUUGGCAAAGAGCCACAGAGAGGAUGCCCAGAAAUCACAGGAGAAAUAUGAGGCCUUUGAUGAUAUUUCCAAAAACUUUUCUAAGAAAGAAUGGGCAAAGCUGGGAGACUUACAGAAAAGAACCUAUGUGUACAUGAAGAGAAACUACGACUACAUGACUCUUCUAGGUCUCAAUACCAACUGCCCAUACUUCAUGCAUUCUCCAAAUCAGUCUACAAAUGCUCUUGAGAGUGAUUCUGACGAAGAUCAGAGCCCCAGGAAUCAGGAUGAAAAUCCUAACGCCUGCCUCGGAGCCGGCUCCGAAAAAGCUGUGUACCCAGGAGAAGUGAGUUCCUCUGGUCAGGAGACUGAGAAGAUGUCAGGACCCAGCAAAGUGAAGUCUAGUGUCUGGGCCCACAGGCUGCGGGAAAGAAAGAACCGAGUUGUUUGUGAAGAGGUUAGUGACCCCAAGGAAGAUGACUAA